AUGUCUGAUAAGAAAGGUACUGGGACGGCUUCGUCGUCAACAGGAGCUGAAGGAACGAGUACUAAGAACACAGAGACGGAUAAGGAUUCUGAUGGCAACAGAUUGCCGAAUUUAUACGAUCGAUUUGUGAGCAGUUUCGAUAGCGCUUUGGCGAGUAUAUCCAAAGGUUUUUAUUGUUCGUUCUUCUACUAUUCAGUUAUAUUCAUUUAA